AUGACGCUGGAGGAGCUGCUGCCUUGUGACAGCGCGGCCCACGGGAUGGGCUCGGUGGGCGAGGCGCUGGAGCGGCUGCUGGCGGCGGCGCAGAGGCAGGGCUGCCUGACGGUGGGCGUCUACGAGGCCGCCAAGCUCAUGAACGCCGACCCGGACAGCGUGGUGCUUUGCCUGCUGGCGGCGGACGAGGCGGACGGGGAGGACAUCGCGCUGCAGAUCCACUUCACGCUCAUCCAGGCCUUCUGCUGCGCCAACGACAUCCACAUCCUGCGCGCCUCCGGCCUGGAGCGCCUGGCGGCCGUGCUGGGCGAGGGGCCCCCGGGCGGCGGCGUGGAGCCGCGGGACCUGCACUGCCUGCUGGUGACGAGCCCGCACACGGACGCCUGGGGCAGCCAGGGCUUGGCGGAGGUGGCCAGAUUCUGCCAGGAGAGCCGGUGCAACGACCAGUGGGUGCCCUACGUGGCUCUGCAGGCGCGCUGA